AUGGACUCCAAUGACCAGAUAUACGACACUUUGCCAUUGAGUGGAGAUCAGUUUCGCCUACUCAAACUGCAACAUGGCCAAUGGGACGACAGUGUUGUAUGCUACUUGGCAGUCCAUGAGCUCGCAAGUCAGCCCGAGUUUGAAGCACUUUCCUAUACGUGGGGGAGUAACCAAAACUGCGAAGUCAUUACCAUAAAUAGCUCAUCUGUCACUAUUGGUGCGAAUCUGGAAAGCGCACUGAGAUACAUCCGAUUACCCGACAAACCACGGGUUCUGUGGAUAGAUGCAUUAUGCAUUAACCAGAGAGAUGAUACAGAGAAAGGACACCAGGUCCAGAAUAUGUGUCAGGUAUUCUCUUCAGCCACUACUGUCCUCGCUUGGCUGGGCCCUCCUCAUUUAAAUGGUGAGCGGGCGCUGUCAGAUAUGCGACAAAUCGGGGAGAAACUGGCCCCCGUCUUUCGCAGAGAAGCUGACGGAAACGGUAUCUUGACCAGCCAUGGGAACGCAUGGGAUGACAUCAAAAAUCUUUCUCCAGAUCGCAUUGGCUUACAAGUGGAGGCUAUAGGUUGGGAUGCUAUAUGGGACUUGUGUGACCGUUCUUUCUGGCGUCGUAUGUGGAUUAUACAGGAGUUGGCUCUGUCUGGCGACCUCUUCGACGACAGAUCCAACAGUAGAUGUAUAGUUGGUUGCGGUUCAGAAUGGGUGCCAUUGCCGGUCUUGUCCACGUUUAUCUCCGUAUUUGGCCUCAUGAGAUCCAAUCCUCGUUGGAUGAAUGGAAGCAUGGCUAGACCCUUUGACAGGUUGAAAACAGAUGGAGCUCCAGCUGUAGAAGCCAUGAUCACCGUAAUCUGGCGUUUUGACUCAAGAUUCGACCAUGACAGGGAAGACAGAACGUUGGACAACAUUAUGCGACUAUCACGAAGCUUCCAAGUCACAGAUCCUCGCGACAAGCUGUACGGGUUGCUUGGAAUCAUCACAGACCAUCCAAUCGAUGUCGACUAUAAACUUAAUGUGAGCCAAGUCUACAAGUCGUUGGUUACAUCUUGGAUCGAAAGCAAGGGCAACUUGCAUUGUAUCCUUGGCAAUAGAGCACCUCUCAAUGACGUUGGGCCAUCUUGGCUUCCGCAGAAUUCGAACCAGCUGCUUGACGGCUUGCCUUUCCGGAACUUGAUGCGGGCAGCACAAGGCAAAGGCCAAUAUGCACAGUCUCCCUCAAUCAGUUUCAUGCAGGAAGAUAAUGUCAUGAAAGCUCGAGGAAUUCGCCUUGGCAGAAUAAACCACGUUGUUGGUCCAUUCUGGAGCAGCACUAAUUCCCAGAUUGAAAUGGACCUAGUCGGUAAACUCAAUACAGACACAGAUAUGAACAACAUGUUUCAUGUGCUUGGAAAUCUGUACCUCUCGCUGCCCGAGAAUGUACAAGACGAUGUUUAG